UCGGGUCGUGAGAGCUCAUAACUACUUUUACUUACAUGGGUUUGUUUUUCGCACUCUGUAAGUAUUUGACAAGAUUGGGUCCAUUUUCACCUGCUCUUUUUCUUCCUUUUCUUCUUUUAAUCUUAGCCAUUUUUAUUGAUGUUCGGUGUUUUGUCUUGGAUAUUGAUUCAGAUAGAUAGAGAUAGAAACCAUAGGGGGAGAGAGAGAGGAGAGAGAGAGAGGGGGGGAAGGUUCUUGUGAAGGAGAGGAUCCGAUCUUUCCUUUUCGCGUUGAAUUUUCGUAUAGCUUUUUGUGUGUCACACUGAGAGAGAGAGAGAGAGAGAGAGCGAAGAAAAAGAAGAGAUAGAUAGACAGAUCCCUAUUGGAAACUAAAGCUUAGCUAUUACUUUCUUGGUUUUUGUUUGUGUUUGUAAAAAAGAUUUCGCCGGAUUGAAAUAUCACGGAUUUGUCCAUUUUUUAGCCCAAACCGUUCACACUUGGAUCGCUUCCAUUGCGGCCUGCUGGAUUUUCUUGUUUUCAACUGUGAAUUUCGCGCAAUCAUAUAUUUUCCUGCAAUACCCAGUUCAUAAAAUCGGAACCUGCUCGUGGGGUUUUUCGCUUUAGGUGAAGUCGGUGAUUCGGAAAUGAGAGCAGGACUGAGUACGAUCCAGCAAACCCUAACGCCGGAGGCGGCGAACGUGCUGAACCACUCGAUAGGUGAGGCGGGUCGUCGCAACCAUGGCCAGACGACGCCGCUCCACGUGGCGGCCACCCUUUUGGCGUCGCCGUCGGGCUUCCUCCGCCAGGCUUGCAUCAAGUCCCACCCCAAUUCUUCACACCCGCUCCAGUGCCGCGCCCUCGAGCUCUGCUUCAGCGUGGCGCUGGAGCGACUUCCCACGGCCCAGAACGUGAGUUCCGGCAUAGACCCACCUCUUUCCAACGCGCUCUGGGCGGCGCUGAAGCGCGCGCAGGCGCACCAGCGCCGGGGCUGCCCCGAGCAGCAGCAGCAGCCGCUUUUAGCAGUCAAGGUGGAGUUGGAGCAGCUGAUUAUAUCGAUACUCGACGACCCCAGCGUGAGCCGAGUCAUGCGCGAGGCCAGCUUCUCGAGCCCGGCCGUGAAGGCCACAAUUGAGCAGUCUCUGAAUUCGUCGGCUUCGGUUGGGAAUUCGUCUCCCAUGGGAUUGGGAUUCAGAGCAGGAGCAACACCUGUCCCGCCGACGGCCAACAGGAAUCUAUACUUGAAUCCCCGGUUGCAGCAGCAGGGCAGUGCAGCCCAAUUGGGCCAGCAGAGGGGUGAGGAGGUGAAGCGGGUCAUCGAUAUUCUGCUGAGAACGAAGAAGAGAAAUCCGGUUUUGGUGGGCGAGUCGGAGCCGGAGGCUGUGGUGAGGGAGCUAUUGAGGAGGAUUGAGAACAAGGAAUUGGGUGAAGGGCCGCUCGGGAAUGCUCGGGUGAUUCGUUUGGAGAAGGAGUUUUCGUCGGAUAGAGCCCAAAUACCGGCCAAGGUUAAAGAAUUGGGGGACUUGAUUGCCACUUCGAGUGGCAGUGAUGUUAUUCUUGAUUUGGGUGAUUUGAAAUGGCUGGUUGAGCAGCCGGUGAGUUUCGGGGUGCCGGGUUCAGGGACGGCAGCGCAGCAACAGGUUGUCUCCGAGGUGGGCCGUGCGGCGGUGGCGGAGAUGGGGAAGCUGUUGGGGAGGUUUGGAGAGGGGAGUGGGGGGCGGCUUUGGUUGAUUGGGACUGCUACUUGUGAGACUUAUUUGAGGUGCCAGGUCUAUCAUCCUUCUAUGGAAAAUGAUUGGGAUCUUCAGGCAGUACCAAUUCCAGCGAGAGCACCUUCGGGAAUGUUUCCCAGGCUUGACACCAACAGGAUCCUUAGCAGCUCUGUUGAGUCUUUGUCCCCAUUGAAGGGCUUCCCGGCGGCAACAACUGCUCCACCAAGACGUCUUUCUGAGAAUUUGGAUCCUGGCCGAAGAUCAAGUUGUUGCCCACAAUGCAUUCAGAAAUAUGAACAAGAGCUAGCCACACUUUUGCCCAAGGACUUGGAGAAAUCAUCUUCUGAAGUUAAAUCAGAAGCAACUCGACAAUUGCUGCCACCGUGGUUGCAAAACGCUAAAGGCCACGACAGUGAUGCCAAAGCAAUGGAUCAGACCAAGACCAAGGACCAAGAACUGGUCUGGAAACAGAGGAGCCAAGAGUUACUGAAGAAAUGGAAUGAUACAUGCUUGCGUCUUCAUCCUAAUUUUCAUCAACCAAAUCUCAACUCUGAGAGAAUUACUCCCGUACCUCUCUCAAUGACAGGCUUGUACAAUCCAAACCUGAUUGGUCGCCAAUCUUUCCAACCCAAAUUACAGUUGAACAGAAAUCUCGGGGAAACUCUGCAGUCGAACGCUAAUCAAGUGCCCACUCAACCAUCUGAGAAGGCGGUUUCCUUGCCUGGAAGCCCUGUGAGAACAGAACUGGUUCUUGGACGAACAAAAGUCUGUGAGACCAGCCCAGAUCAAACUCAUAAAGAACUCAUCAAAGACUUUUUGGGGCGCAUGUCAUCUGAACCACAGAACAACUUGCAUGAAAUACAGAGCAAUAAACUGUUUAGCACAUUAGACGCCGACUCCUUCAAGAAGCUCCUCAAGGGUCUAAUGGAGAAGGUGUGGUGGCAGCGGGACGCAGCAUCAGCAGUAGCUACAACCGUGACCCACUGCAGAGUGGGCAACGGGAAACGACGUGGCGCUGCAUCAAAAGGUGACAUGUGGCUAUUAUUUGUGGGAUGCGACAGGGCUGGCAAGAAGAAGAUGGCAUCAGCUCUUUCAGAGCUGGUAUCUGGGUCCAACCCCAUAACAAUUUGUCUUGGCUCUCAACGUGAUGAUGGGGAAUCAGGCAUGAGUUUCCGUGGUAAAACCGCGUUGGAUCGAAUUACGGAGGCCGUUAAGAGGUACCCCUUUUCUGUAAUCAUGCUCGAGGACAUUGAUCAAGCAGAUGCGAUAGUGCGAGGGAGCAUAAAACGAGCAAUGGAGCGAGGACGAAUUGCUGACUCUCAUGGACGUGAAACCAGUCUUGGAAGUGUCAUCUUCAUUCUUACUGCAAAUUGGUUGCCAGAAAACCUCAAAUGCUUAUCCGAUGGCGUUUCACUUGACGAAGAGAAGCUUGCCAGGUUAGCCAAAGGUGGCUGGCAACUAAGGCUAUCCCUUUGUGAGAGGACAGCAAAACGACGAGCCAAUUGGCUACAUGAUAAAGUGAGGCCAGCAAAGCCUAGUAGGAAGGAAACAAGUUCAGGUUUAGCAUUUGAUCUAAAUGAAGCUGCCGAUGUUGAGGAUGAUAGAACAGAUGGAUCACAUAAUUCAAGUGAUCUCACAAUUGAUCACGAAUGCGAACACGGCCUCAACACGAAUCUGCGGUCACCUACAACGUCGUCGUCAGUCCCUCGUGAGUUGCUUGAUGCCGUUGACGAAACCAUUGUCUUCAAGCCUGUCAGCUUUGGUCCCAUUAGCAGCAAAAUCACGACUUCCAUUAACAAAAAAUUUUCCACCAUCAUGGGCGACGGAAUUUCGAUCGAAGUUCAAGAAGAGGCGCUCGAAAAUAUUACAAGCGGGGUAUGGUUCGGCCAAACGGGCUUAGAAGAAUGGUUAGAGAAAGUAUUAGCUCCGAGCUUCCACCAACUCAAGUCAUGCCUUUCGAGCACGGUCGACCGUGAUGAUUCUAUGGUUAUCAGGCUCGAACACAACGGUAAUUCCGAUAGCCGGAGCAGCAGAGAUUUCCUCCCGAGUAGUGUGAAGGUGGUGGCUGAUGGGUUGUGAGGGUGAUGGAUACAGUGGGUAUUUUUCCAAAUCUGUUGAAUAGAGAUGUAAAUAUGCUGAAAUAUUUGGCGGGGAGUAAGACGGUUGGAAGGAUUAAGAAAAAACCGUUAGAAGAGGGUAACGUUGAAUAGAUUGACGGAACCUUUUGACAGCCGGACUAUGUCCCAUCUUUUUCUUUAUUAUUUUAUUUCUUUCUCAUAUAUAAAAUGUGAUGUAGUUUUACAUUCAUUAUCAAUUAUAUAGACGAUGAUGAAUAAGAUGAGUUGAGGCAUUUCUCUUUUUCUCA